AUUAAAGUGUGAUUUUGUUGAUAUCACACUGAGAAGUCUGCGUGGAGAGUGUUGCUGCGGAGCAGAUGGGCUCCGUUGCCAUGGAAACCGCGAGCCACUGCGGCCUAGUGGGGCGAUGGCGGCCUGCAGCCUCGGCAGCUCGGCGUCGGAAGGCGGAGCGACCAAGCGGAAUGCAGUCAAGGACUAUUUGGAUCAAGAUUCAAAGAGGGAUGUUCACGUUUUUCAUUUGGCAACUGAAGUUGCAGAAAGCCCGGAUAAUAAGAUCCCCAUACUGCUGCUGAAGUUAAAAGAUAUCUUAAAAGGACCUCCAUUUGGAAGCCGUGAGUUAAAGCAGUUGAAGGAGGAUAUUUAUUACUAUGACCUGAUUCAGUACUGCGUACUGGUGCUUGCUCAGGACUUCCGCAACAUCCGAGGGCAAUGGUUCACAGCCGUGCAGCUGGCUGACAUACUCAGCACUGUCUGUGUGGGUCUGGAUCCAAAGAAUGAUGCAGAAGAAUUUCACGGCAAAGUGUUGCCAUUAGCUGCAGACAAUCUAAUGUUGCUGGCACGAAGACUGCAGGCUCGCUUUCUCAAAGCUGAUGAGGAUGAUGAUAAACAAGAUUUUCUCCGCUAUUUCCACCGUGUGACUGACUCUCUUUGCUGGCUGCUAAGUGGUCACGUUCAGCUGACUCCGCAUGUCUUUCAGUCUGAUCAACUGCUCCAGUUGCUGCUCACUGACGAUAUGGAAACCACUGUCAUCAUGGUGUCUGUUCUGCUCAAUAUUCUCCAGCUCAACAGGACACUGUUGCUGUCUGUGAAGGAGAGAAGCAUCCAAUUAAUCCUGGACGAGAUAAUUUACGAGCUGUUUGAAAACACCAACCCAGUUAUAGGAAGCACAUGCAUUAAAAUCAUGCUGUUGAUUGUGGAAUCCCACCCUCCUACCCUGCAAAUGCUCAGGAAUUCCUACAAAGGUUUAAGUCGUCUUUUGAAUAAACUGUGGACAGGACGAGGUUUUGACGAGGACUUGUAUCAGCUCUUAGAACUGCUCCAUGUCGGGUCCUUCCAAGGAGUGAAGGAGCAGAAAUUUUACAGAGCUGCAAGCUUGAUCCAAGCAACGUGGAGAGCCCAUCAGACAAGAAAGCGGGUGAAGAAACUGCCAAAAGUUGUGACAAAUUUACAAAGGAGUUUCAGGGCAAAACGUGCACAGGAUGCACGGCGGCUCGAGAAGGAGAGAGAGGAAGAGGAGCUGAGACACCUGCUUCAGCUACAGAGACAUCGGGCUCUUCGAGACUUUCGUCAGCGACAACUGAGCCUACUGGAAAUAGUCCCUGCAAGUGAAAUCGCGAAAUACCUAAAGCAUGAGAAGGAGCAAUCGGCAAUGGUGAUUCAGAAGGUCUGGCGUGGAUACAGACAGAGACAAAGCUUCAGCCAGCAGAAGUCGUCCCUGAAGAAAUUCAAGGCAGCCAUCAUUAUACAGAGAUAUGUGUUGAGGUUCUUAGAAAAACGUAGAAACCUGAGGAGAGAUAUCCUCACCUGGCGCGGACCAAAGGGACUGACAGAUACACGGAGACAAGAACUGCGUGCCCAACUGGAGAACUAUGUCAAACAUCAUACAGUUACUCAUGUGACAGAGGAGAGAACAAAGGAACAACACGCCCAGGUCCAGGAGAUGCUGGGUCAGUACCUCAUGAGGAGAAACCUGGAACGAAGGUCGGAGCUGCGGGGAGAGGCUCUGCUAGCCCAGAUUAACACCGACGUUGAGCUACUGAUGAGCGCUCCCAGCCUGAAGGAGGCGACCGAGAAGGAUGUGGAGCUCUUUAACUGCAGGUCCGCCCCUGUGGCAGCCAGAGCCAAGCAGUGCCACGGUGCUAUGCUGCAGUCCGUCAGGGGCCCCUGGUGGAAGAAACUGGGCGACAAGAUGCAGGAUCCCGACUCGAUCUACGCGGACGACGUGGACCUUGAUCUCGUCCUGUGAGCGGUGGAACGCAGGCCGCGGGCAUCGUGCGCCAGGCUGAUGUGCGGGAGGAGAGGUGGGAUGUGUAGGCUGGCAAUGUUGUGGCACGUGGCCGGCACGCAGGAGGCACUUGCAUCCUUUGUCCACGUGUGCAGUGGGAGGGAAAGCAUUUGCAGAGCCCGAUUCCCAGCUUUUUACUGUACCUCGGACCAGGUGACAAUAAACUGAGACUGAAACUGAAGAGGGCAGAGCUACUGCCUCACAGCGCCGGAGAACCGGAUUCGAUCCUGCGCUCGGGUGCCAUCUGCGUGGAGUCUGCAGGUUCUCCCGGAGACCGUGUGGGUCUGCUCCGGUUUCCUCCCGCGUCCCAAAGAUGUGCGGGAACGAAACCGCAGGUGCUGGUUUAUACCGCAGAAAGACACAAAGUGCUGGAGUAAUUCAGCGGGUCAGGCAGCAUCUCUGGAGGAAAAGGAUAGGUAACGUUUCGGGCCGGAAACUCGAUCCUAAAACUUCCGAGCCCGAGUCUGAAGAAGGGUUCUGACCCGAAACAUCACCUAUAUAACCAUAUAACAAUGACAGCACGGAAACAGGCCAUCUCGGCCCUUCUAGUCCGUGCCGAACACUUACUCUCACCUAGUCCCAUCUACCUGCACUCAGACCAUAACCCUCCAUUCCUUUCCCGUCCAUAUACCUAUCCAAUUUAUUUUUAAAUGAUAAAAUCGACCCUACCUCCACCACUUCCACUGGAAGCUCAUUCCACACAGCUACCACUCUCUGAGUAAAGAAGUUCCCCCUCAUGUUGCCCCUAAACUUCUGUCCCUUAAUUCUCAAAUCAUGUCCUCUUGUUUGAAUCUUCCCUACUCUCAAUGGAAAAAGCUUAUCCACGUCAACUCUGUCUAUCCCUCUCAUCAUUUUUAAGUCCUCUAUCAAGUCCCCCCUUAACCUUCUGCGCUCCAAAGAAUAAAGACCUAUCUUGUUCAACCUUUCUCUGUAACUUAGGUGCUGAAACCCAGGCAACAUUCUAGUAAAUCUCCUCUGUACUCUCUCUAUUUUGUUGACAUCUUUCCUAUAAUUUGACGACCAGAAUUGUACACCAUAUUCCAGAAUUGGCCUCACCAAUGCCUUGUACAAUUUUAACAUUACAUCCCAACUUCUAUACUCAAUGCUCUGAUUUAUAUAGGCCAGCACACCAAAAGCUUUCUUUACCACCCUAUCUACAUGUAAAUGGUAGCGAAUUCAUGUUCUUCAGUGAUGCUGCCUGACCCGCUGAGCUACGCUUACAUUUUGUGUCUAUCAAAGAAGUGCAGGUUUGCAGGUUAAUUGUCCCUCAGUAAAUUGCCCCUAGUGGAUGGGAAAGUGGGAUAACAUAGAACCAGUGGGAACGGCUGAUCAAUGAGCGGUGUGGGCUCAGUGAGCCCAAGGGCCUCCAGUAUUUUCAUGCUGUAUCCCUAAACUGAACUCAAUAUUUUCUUUUGAAAGCAGUGGCUGUUAUGGUGCUGAAAAAGUUGGUGACAGACUACAGACAACAACCUCGCAAACCACAAUUGUUCCUUUUUAAUAAAGUUUAUUUAAAUUAUAAA